CCCGCCCGCCGGGCCAUGCGGGAGGUCGCCGCCUGGAUCAACCAGACCUCGGCAGCGGGCUGCAGCGGCUUCCUGCCCCCGGGGCGCAGCUGGGCUCCCGGGGUGCUCUACGAACUGCUGAGCGCCAAGACGGAGCGCGACUGCACCGCCGCCCUGGGCUUCGCCAUGCACGAGCUCAGCCUCGUGCGGGUGGAGCAGCACUCCCAAGCCUUGCUGCAGCCCCAGCAGCGCGGCAGCCGGCUGGUGGAGGAGCUCUACUUGGGGGACAUUCACACCGAGUGGGUGGAGAGGCUCCACUACCGGCCGACCGGUUAUCAGCGACCUCUGCAGAACGCUGUGCACCAUGUGCAUCCUUGCCCGGCCUGUGGGAUUAUAUACAGAGCUGAUGAACACCAUCCACCCAUAUUACCCGUCAGAGCUGAGCUGCCGAUGCAGCUGAGCGGCAGCUGGGUGAGCACCCGCUGCGAGGUCCGGCCUGCCGUGCUUUUCCUUACCAGGUACUUCAUAUUUCACGGUAGCAAUCACACCUGGGAAGGUUAUUACUAUCACUACUCCGACCCCCUCUGCAAGCAGCCGACUUUCACCAUCUACGCGUCUGGGCAUUACACCCAAGGCAUCCCCUCCUCCAAAGUGAGAGGCGGCACUGAACUGGCUUUUAAAGUCACCCAGGCUCGGGUGACGCCGAUGGACCAGGUGACAGUGAUGAUGCUCAACUCCUCGGAGCCGGGAAGCUGCGGGCUGACAAACUCUUGGCGCGCUGGGAUGGAGCAGGAUAUAACACCCACAAAUGGAUGUUUGGCUUUGGGCAUCAAGCUGCCCCACACGGAGUACGAACUUUUCAAAACAGAGCAAGAUGCCAAAGACCGCAGCUUGCUGUUCAUUGGCGAAAGGCCCACGGAUGGAUCCAGCCCCGACCGUCCGGACAAGCGACCCACGUCGUAUCAGGCACCUCUGAUUCAGUGUGCUGGGGCGUCGGAGGAAUUCUCUAAAUAUAUUAGUCUGAAAUACUUGGGAAAACAGGAUGUUAAUGGGAAAGAAGCACUAAAACCUUUGCCUGUGGCCUUUUUAUUGUUUAUAGCACUGCAGUUUUUAAGAUGGGACUAGCUAUCUAUUCAGGUACAGCACAGAAUUCAGAUAGUCCUGGUGCUAGGGUGAUUUUAUAUCCUUCAAAUGAGCACAUCUGGAAUCAGUUUUACUUAGAUUUGGAAACAUUAAAAAAAAAAAAAACAGUGAACAAAGCCAAGAAGAUAUGCCUGACUACAUACUGUUUGUCCUGUGGCUUUAUUGCCUAAUCUUCCCUCUUCUUUGCCUACAAAUCUAAUGUAGUGACAUGGAUGCAUUGCACAUUGCAAUAAAUAAUUUAGCAAUAAGAGAGGAAAAAAAGAACUACAUCAAUUACAGUUGCUACUUUGAGCUUUUGACACUGCUAAGAUAUAAUCAAGAGCUCGAUUCAGGUGUAACUCAAACAUCCAUAGUGUUGGCUGCUGAGUUUCUUUGAGGUUAAGUUCCCUCCCAUCAUCCUCCUCAUUGCUGUUCUUGCAAAUUUAGAUCUGCAGUGUCAGUCAGCAGCAGACACAGUCAGCGAAUGUUCUUGAUGAGGGCACAGUUACUCAUUCCUUCCUCAGUUUAUAGACUUUUCCUGCAGUUUUCAUGGGUAUUUACACUGACAGAGAACAUUACCUGAACAGACUGCUGUGCCUGGCCAUGGUCAGGUAGGAAGGUGCAGUGAACGGAAAAGGCCUGUGUGCCCAACUGCUCCCAACCUUCGGCUUCACAUAGCUGCAGGCACUGCAUCCAUGUUGCGUUCUUCUGGCCUUUGCCGUCACUCGUACUGGCCCGCUUUUUGGGAAGGUGGCAGUGGCCACCAUGUCGCUGCCUCCCUUGUCCAGCCGGCGAAGGCACCGCGAGGCAGUCGGCGGCUCCUGUUUAUCACGUACCUCGCAGAGCUGAAGAUCGCUUACAGUGCAAGCCUUCUCAGGCCGUGUAUUUUCCGUCUCCUCUUUAGUAAGUGUACUGGCACACAAAUUACUAAUCCAGCUCUCAAUCAAAAUGCCACUUCCAGCCACGUUCAUGUAAAGAUGUUGCACAAAUUUGCUGCUAGUGAACAAGGUGUUGAGGAAAUACUCUGAUCAGACAGCACAGUCAGUCAAGCUGAUUUCUAGUGACAGGAAGGACAAAGUAAGAAAUUGUAUUCCCUUGUCUGCUGCAGCUAAGAAGCAUAUAACUUACUUGGAAAAGACCUCCUCCCAGUAGCUAAAUCCUCUCCAAAUAAGCCUAUAUAUCUUACUCGCAAAGGAUGUUUUGUUAAAGCAGCUAUGCAGUAGCUACCUUCUUAAUGCUGUAUUUACAAACCUGCAGCUUGUACUUAGAUAAUUUAUGGGUUUUAUAACACAUAAAUACUUUGCGGGAUCUGUACAUGACAAAAUAAUUCAAAUGAGAUACUUAUUAAAUGCAUACAAUUGUGAUAUAAAUGUUGUCAGCAUAUUUGCAUGUUCCAGGCAUGGUAAAAUAUUAGUCGUGCACAAAAACAAUUCAUGCUUCUAAGAGGAUACACAGUAAGGCCAAGCUUGGCUAACUCACCUUAAGUUCCCCCUGCAAUCAAUGGAGAGAGACUUCUCUAGGUGUCAGGUUGAAAGGCAAAAUUAGUCUCCUGCCUCCUAGUCCUCUUUCUUCACUCACCAUAGCAAAAACUUUUGCAGGUAAAGCAGUCCUGCAAAUAUCUCCCUCUUUUUCUAAGGGUUGCUGUGUUUCGUUGCCUGCUAUUGCAUGGAGAUCCACAGGCAAACGUUUGAAGAACUGGAAGCGACUAUAAGCCACCUGCUGCACUUAUCUCCUCUGGGGCCCUGGCAGCAGGCGCUCUACCCACCCAUGCUAGCAAGCCAACAAGAAUCGGCCAGUUUGCAGGACAGCCAAAAGGGUACCUUUCUCCUGUGACUUGACAGUUGAAGUUUAUCUCAGCACGUGAAGUUGUCUUUGCAAAGUCCCUGUUAAAAUGCUAUGAAGCAAGGGCAAGCCCAGCAUAGCGUAGCUGGGUCUCGUACAACCCAGCCAUGCAGCAGAGUUGUCUUCCUUCAGCCGACCUGUUUCCUGUCUCUGUGCUAGGACGGUCACUCAUUACAGCCUAGACGAAAGGCUGCUGCUAUUCAAGUCAGCGACAUGCAUGGGACAUGCAUGGGACAUGCCUGGCAGCAUGCUCAGGACCCAAAGCUGUGCAUGGUACGAAGAGGGAAACUGAACUACAGCCCUUCCUUCCCUGUGAACGCCUCACCCAGAGCCUUUUUGUCCUUUGCUCCGCCUCACCCCCUCCAGUAUAUGUCUCAAAGAAAUAAAAAAAGUCAUGGAAAAGCUGUUUGCAUAAAUAUCCUAAGUUUUAUAGUUCUGUUCACAGUUUUGGGGAAAACAUUCCUAAAUUACAUAGUUGCUCUCCCUAGGAAUAUCUGCCUUUUCCCAAUUUGAAUUUGCCUGGCUUUGAUGUCCAGUCAGUGAUUCCUGUGUUGCGCUUUUCAAGAUCAGAGAGAGCUGCAGUGUUGGGUAUUUUCUUCAGUGCAUGAAGGCACUUCUGCACUGUAAUCAAGACGCUACUGAAUCUUUGUUAGAUAAACUCAGCCAAGUGAACUCUCUCUCUCUCUCUAAGGCAUUUUCACACUCCACUAGUCAUUUCUGAUUCUUUCUUGCAUCCAUUCCAAUUAUUCAGUUUCUCUUUUAAAAUGCAAAUAGCCAAAUCACAUCCAAAAUUCCCAAGUCUCACAGCUGGUAUGUACAGAAAUACAAUCAUUUACUGGUAAUGAUAAUUCAAAACAAGAACAUGUUCUUAUUCAUCAGUCUUUUGCCCUGGGAAAAGCUGCACUGGGAGCUCAGGGGGAGUUCUUCCUUGCUGUGGUCCAGGGUAUGGAUAUUUUUGUCAUGUGCCCAUUUUAUCAGUAGCAAUUUAUGUGUAUUUUCACCAGUGAUCUGGAACUACGGAAUUCUCUUAGGUCCCAGCAGACUUCUUCGGUGAGCAUCAUUUCAUUGCGGUUCUCUUUGAAUGACCACUUUUGAGAUGUGUGAUUAUCACAGAGGACCAAGCUUUGCAGGGGUCCAGAUACACGCAAUUUACUGUAAUCCCAAAGAAUGCAAAAUGGGAAAAAAGGAUGCUAUGAAGUGACUUGCAUUAUGCGCCUCCAUCACCAUUCAUCACCUUUUCCAUUCCCUUGUUUGGAGGGUGUCAGGCGAGCUGAGCACUUCACCCAGGUAAUCGUGUCCUCUUGGCCAUUCUCAUUGGCAGGGCAGAGAUUGCUUCAGGCAUCUCCCUUAGAAGUACUGAUUCAAGUCUUCUAGACCUACUGAAUUUUAAAGUGUUUAUUUUUGAAUAUUAAGCAAUGCUAAUGAAUGACAUCACCUUCACAGCCUCUUACAUCAUCACCAGCAGUUUUGCCCUCUGCAUCUUGUAGGGGUCCUUAUCCUACCACAGAUUUCCCUCUGUACUUCAGCUAUUUAUCAUCCUCUCCAAGCACUCCAACACGUAUGCUUUUUCUUUUCCUUUGGCUCUUGCUUUCCUUAUUAAUUUUCUGCAUUUCAUAACUCCCAUUUUCUGUUGAUUGCUGUCCAUUUCCCUUUUUCUUAUUUGUUUUGUAUUACUUCACAUCUAAUUUUUCCCUUCAUUUCAUCACGGAACUAGGAUGGGCUUUUAUUCAAAGUUGUCCCCUUUCUUGAUUGCUAAAGUUGUUUUUCUGGCCACUUAAUACCUUUCUCUUAGAAAACUGUCAAUUCUAAUUGACAGUUUUCCAUCUAAUUUCUUCUUCACUACCAGAUUAGAUAUGAAUUUUGCUCAGCGGUGCCCCUUUGAAACACCAAUUACAUAUAUUAACCUAGCAUGGCUGUAUGCGUACCCUGAGUGCAAUCAGGUUUCCACAGUACCUGCCAACUUCUAGUCCUGUGACUAAUUUAUCUUUAUCUGACAUAACCAAGAAAAAACAGAAAAACUUCAUGUUACCUGUCUAACACUGCAUUAGGAAAACAGACCUAGGACAUGAGCAACAAACACUGAAACUGACUACUAGAUUCCUUUCAACUAUAAAACAACUACAUACCUUUUCAUUGUAUCUGUGAAGACAAUCCAAGAAAGCAGACACACAGGCAAGUAAGAACCAGCUGCAAGAAACAGGCACAAGUGUCCUGGAAAACUCUUCCCCUUAACUUCUAGUAUAAUACUUUUCAGAAGUUUAAUUGUUUUAAAACCCCAAAAGCAUAGAAAAAGACAAAAUACAAUUUUCAAACAUUGUGAAUGCAUAUUAGCUUCCUGCAGUGCCUCUGAGCAUGAAAGCCUUUCGCACCUUCUUCAGUAUCAUAAGCUACUCAACCUUUGCAAUUUUCUACUUCUCUAGCAGGCAUGGAAAUUUUAAGCAUGGGCUGAGCUUGCGGGACAAACUCAUUCUAGGGCUUGACUGCCUCAACAGUUCAAUCAAGUUACUUGUUUUUCCAAUUAUCCAUCUUCACACCCCCUAUGUUUAAAAAGCCUUAGGAUGCAUUUUGCGCUCUAAAUUUCCCAAACAAUUCUUAAACAAAACACAUACACACAAAAGUUUUAAAAGGCUUUCGGAUAAAUUGUUAUCACAGAGUGAUUCAUUUGAUAGAUGAUGUACACUGAAUAUAAAAGCGUAUCAUUGACUUUAAACUCCAAAAUAACAGACAGCACAGUUUGCAUGGCUUUCACUGUCAUACCAUGGAGAAAAUUUUAGAAAUCAGUGCAGUGCCUACGGUGUACCUUGCAUUUGAGGUGAGUUUAGAGCAGGCAGAGUGGGGCAUUUCUGGUGGCUCUCCCACACGUCAGGUGAGCGUCCUGACUCCUGCACUACAGGGCAGGUCCUCCCCUGCUUUAGCAGGAAGCAAAAAAGUCAUGUUGGGCCUGAGAAAGAGUGUGACUUUGCAAGGAAAGUACCGUGCGAGAGCUCUGGCAUCACAGGAUGUCUGUUGUUCAGUGUUGGGCAAUCUCUGGAAACUUCCACGCUGGAUUCAGCCGUAGCCUGACGGGGAGAGGUGCCAGACGAGGGUCGGGGCAUGGCGCACACACAGCAGCAGCACAGGAGAGCUGGAGGCAGAAAGGAGGUGCCUUGACACAUUGCUCCAAACUCUCCCGGGAGUGAGAAGGAAGAAGGAACAAAUUUGAUAAGGCAGGAAACAGAAAGGUGACUUAUUAUCUAGAAUGGGAAAAGGUGUCUGGGACUAGAAUUAGACACGAUGAGGGACUGGUCCGACAGGCAGCCAGGGUAGAGCCACGAAAAAUCACACAGGCCAAAGCCUGGGAAGGUUGUGGGGAAGAGCAAGAUUGGAAGAGGAGCCAUGGGAGGGAGGAGACUGAGAUGGAAGGCAAAUAGGCCGCAGAGAAGAAACGCCAUUUAAAUAGGGUAGGCUGAACCUCAGUUUCUUUGCUGAAGUGCAGUGCUGGAAGAGGGCUGAUUUGGAUCGACCACAAGAGCUGAAGGAGCAAAGCAGAGAUGCUCAGGCAGAACAGAUCAGUAAAGAAACUGGACAGGAGCGUGUGUGGCCUUCACAGAAAACUCUUUUGGGCUCCAAACUAAAGCAAAAACUCCUGGCUUCAGUCAUGCUUCUGUGUGGCCUCCCAGCAAAACGUGAAAACAGAAGUUGCUGCUCAAGCAGUUCACCACCCAAUCAGAUACCGAGGUCAAGAAGGGGCGUCCAUGCAAGGAUGUAAUCCAUUCAAUCCUGACGCACACGGCUUACACGUAGUAUCAUGAUGCCAUUUUUGAAGUUCACUUUCUAAAAAAACCUAAUUAUGCAAAGUCUAAGAGACUGUAUUGGAUUACGGGAGGUCAGGCUCACAAAAGUUGGGCAGCCUUAAGACACCUUCGGGGCAGCCUUAGCUUGCUUAGAUACUACAAUGUAUUCACACAAAGUGGCCAAAUUAAGUGCACAGACAAACUUGGUUUUGCCAUUUCCUAACUCCUGAGUGCUUGGCUUUGUACUGACUUAAUAAAGUUCUUUUAAAAGUA